AUGCACCUGGGGAGUUUCCUGCUCGGACUCGUCGCUACCAGCUUGCCCAUCGCGGCGAUGGCCUCGUCACCUGCAGAUGGCAAGGAGGUUCAGCUUCAGCUCUCGAACGGCGCCGUUUACAAUGUUUCCGACGGCGAGUGCAGUGCGAACGCUGAUAUGUGCUUCACACCAUCGCUUGCCGCAUCCAAGAACGAAGCCGCCGUGCGCGAGCUCCUCUCCGUGUCGAGGGUUCGAUCGGAUAACUCUUCGACUGCUCUCACGGAGGCCAGCUUGGAGGCAUCCUUUCAGGCCAUCGUCGACGACACCAGCGACUCCUUUGAUCUCAAAGACGAUGAGACGUUGACUCUCGAGCUCACAAACGACGUGAACAUCCGUGCGCUAGCGGUCGGCCUCUACAUAAACAACAUCGAGGCCGUCUCCCCAUCUAUCGCAUCGUGGCAGUUCGAUGGACGGCUUUAUGUCAGGGAGGUCAUGCUCGGUCGCCCAUACGAGUCGCGGCAGCAAGCCAUCCGAGCCAUCUACCGGAACCCAGAGGACGUCAUGGCUCGACCAGACGGGACCAGCUUCGUGGACGUGGAGGAUUGGGACGACGACCGCUUCGCAUUCGAAUGCACCAGGGAGGCGCUGGACUCUACGCGCGAUCUCACUUCCGCCACUUUCGACAACGUAUUCCGCCUCGCGUAUGAGAAUGCGCGGUCAGAGAAGGCAGGAGCCCCGCAGUUCGACCCCGAGGGCCACCUUAAGUACAUCAAGCUGAUGGGCUCGUACUCGUACCGGCCGCAGCAGUCUCGGUACCCAUUCUCGACCGAGCGGCUCAAGUUCACGCUCACCUCCGACUUGGAGUUCUUCGAAUCGAAGCUCGCCUUCAACAUGCUGUGCAUCGACCCAUCCUUCACGGGCUUCGCCCAGCCAGAUAUGCUCUCGUGGCCGAGUCGAGAGGAUUCGCGGAUCCGCUACGGCGAGCUCGAUCCCGUGACCGGAACGUCCAACGGCAUGCUGGUCGCGCCGCUUGUCGAGUUCACGAUCGUGCUGACGCCAACCCGUAUCGUCGGCUUCUUCGUGCUCAUGCCGAUCUUCGCGGCCACCCUCGCAACCCAGCUGCAGUGGAAGAAGCCGGUCUACGCCAUAGACCAGUCGGCGGCCAUCUCCUCCAUCCUCCUCAUCUCUGGCGCGAUCGCGGCGCACCUCUCGAAGAGCAUCGCCGACGAGUGCGCGUAUGCGAUGUACAUCAUCACCGGAUGGUACAUCUUCAGCGUUGCGGUGAUCUCAGGGCGGAACGCAGCCUCGGCGCACGAGGAGAAGGCGCUGGGGUCGGCGGCGUUCCAGCGCCGCACUGCGCGCCUGUAUUCGCUGAUGCGCCGGCUUGGGCUGCUGUGGACGAUCCUCUUCAUCCCCGCCGGCUUCCACUCUGUUGACGACUACGGGCGGACCAGCACUAUGGACGGUGUGUGGGCGAUCACCGUCGGCGUGCUCUGUGGGGCGGUCUCCCUACUGAUUGGAGUGGCUCUCCUUCGCUACUGCAUUGCUGAGCGAAACCUCGAGGCCGCAGAGGCGGCGAAGACGGCGGAGGAGCUUGAGGUCAUUCUUCCCUCGCUCGACGAGAAGCCGCCGGCGGAGUGGAGCGUGCUCGAGGUGGCCGUCUGGCUCGAGCACUCCCCGGCUCUCGCACGCCUCGGUCUCACCGAGCGCGCCGCCCUGCGCGCGACUUUGAGCAAGGAGAAAAUGGACGGCGUCUCCCUCGCGCUGUGCGCGGAGUUCGAGCUCCUGCACAAGCUGGGCGUGGCCGCAGGCUCCGCAGUGCAGGCCAAGCAGCUGCUGGUCGCGAAGCCUCCCGAGCUCGCUGGGCGUAGCACAACGGAACGACCCUCCGGCUAA